GAGCGCCGUUCAUUUGAGUUUCGCGGUUCGACGUGCUAGCCCACUUUUGGUCUUUCGGCUCUGGAGAAAACUAUUCGAAUCUGGUGAAAAUCCAUUCAGUUCCCAGCAACUCAGUUCAGUUUCGCUUCCCAGUCCAACUAUAAAAGUGCGCUGUAGUCGCUGUCAAACAAUUGCAUUCAGAUAUACAUUAUUAUUACUGCAAAUUGCAUUUUCAUGAGCUAACUGUCUCGCAUCGCGUGUGAAAAGUUGCAAACAAUAUAAAAACAAUUGCCAACGGUUAAUGUUAAUAUCCAGGCAAUUAUAAAAAAAGUAAUUUGAUUUUCUGGCUUACGCAAGGCCAACUACAAUUACCAAUACUGCAACAACAACUGCAACAACAAAUCAAAUAAAACAACACAGAAAUCCCAAUUUGGAUUUAUUAAUAGCGCUGAAAAAAUAAAAGAAAAACAACUGUUGCCGUAAAUAACACAACAAAUUGCCAUCAACAGCCAAUAUGUCGAUCGCCAGUGUUCACGGUCCCCAAAUCGCCGACAUCUGCAGUCCGUUGUCGCAUCAUAAUCUGGGUCUGUCUGCCUCGCUGCCAGAUCUGGUGGGAAGUCCCCUGGAGAUCAGCAUGGACAACGUGCUGACCAUCGAGGAGCUGCGCCAGCACAUGGGCUCCUGCUUCACCUGCGGCGUCUCCUGGACGGAUGACCAUGUGUCCCUCGACUGCAGCGAGUGCGGUGGCUACAGCCUGGAGCGUCCCUGUCCCCUCUGCGACGGCCAGUGCGGUGUGCAAUGGAAACGUGACUUCGCCAUGUCCCAUGCCUGCAGUCAAGCUCGCUGGGUGGGCGUGUGCAUAAGUUAUCCGGAAGUCUUGGCCGGAGUCCAGAUGCCCGUUGGAGGAGCCUCUGGAGCCGCCACCUCGUGUGCCGCCGCCGCCGCGAAUCAACUGCGUUUGGCCCAGGAGCUGUGCUCUCGCCUGGAACAGCUGUCCACGUCGACGGCGAGCAAAAGCGGUCGCAUUUAGAGCGCGGUCCACCGCACACAGUUCCUUCGACAGCCAGACUGCAAAACACGCCUCCACAUCAGCCACACCUCCGCACACAGCCACAGCUCCAUUCAUCCGGAUAGCAGACAGCUGAAAGCUGUAGCAGAUACAGCUCCACCUCCACACAAAAACACACAGUCUCUCACCCGUAAUUUAGGGCCUUAUUGCUAAGCUUUUUAGUUGUUAGUUUUUAUUGUUGUGCAGUGUUGAGUCUCUUUGUUUUUUUUUUCACAAUUUUCUUUCGUUUUAUGAUUUCACUGGUUUCGUUUUCGUUUCGUUCGUUGUGUGACUAUGCAAAUUCUUAGCAGUUAAGUUAGUUCCUUUGUUUACUUUUUAAUGGCACCAUUUUGUUUGCACACAAGACCUAUUCUAUCCAGGAAAAGACUUCUUUCUGCUUAGACUUAAGCCGAGUUUAGGCAUUGCAGUGAUAACGGUGAUAUUAGCCAGAAAGAAUCGUGAACAAAUAGUGAAUUUAUAAUGAUGUAGCAAAUGUCUAACGUCGUUUUUGUAUAACACACACUAAACAGCCCGUGUAAUCGUGUAGAGAUUGUUGUUAACAAUUAGUUAGUUGUUGUUGCUUUUUGCCUUGUGUCAAAGCUUGUUCGAAGCGAGGAGAUCCGCGAGCACAGAUCAAAGUAAACUGCGAUGGUGCAGCCGGAGGGCUCAGUGAGCGUAACAAAGAAUCUUCCAUAUUGCAUAAUGCUCAACAAAGUAACUACAGGAUUGCACAGUCUCUCCAAAGAGGAAAGUGAAAGCGCGAGAAAAGAAUAAGAUGCAAAAUUAAGGAUGUAGGAACACGCACAAGGAAACAAUUAAAAAGCAUUACUCAAAAAGUUGAAGAUUUUCUGUGAAAAUCCAUAUGACAAGUAGAAGUUUAUACCUAAUAUAUACACCUAUAUAUUAUAUACCAUAUAAAUCUGCAUACAAUAUACACAUACAUAUAUAUAUAUAUAUAUUUUUAAUGUAGAGAUAUGUUUUGUAAAAGACAAAGGCAUAUUUUUAAAAUUAAAACUUAAAC